AUGACGACUACUCGAUCUACUCGACGAAACCAUGUUCAUGUUCGAGUUGGUCUGCGAAAAUCUCUUAAACGACGAUCUAAGAAAGUGAAAAAUAGAAUACACAGUAAUAAAUUUAAACGUAUCACUUCAUCAUUAAUUAUAAGUGAUCUAUUAAAUCAAAAUUCUUCUUUUGCUCAUGUUUCUUUCGUUCGAAAAUCAACAAUAUCAGGACGGAAAACUGUGAAAAAUAAAAGUAAGACAAGACAAAAUUUUCCUCGGACUGAUGAUAUUACUGAUCAACAACAAAUAUAUCAAAGUGAAAGUCAACAUGAUCAUAUUCAAUCAUUAAAUCAUAUACAAAGAAGAAAUUCAAAACAUAGUUAUCAAGUUCUUCAUAAUCCAGAACAACUCAACAGUGUCAAACUCAACGAUUAUAAUGAUCAACAUUUAAAUACAUUGGAAUCAUCUUCUCAUCCAGUUUCUGAGAUUAAUUCAACUAUAGAUAAGAUAGUUCUUCAAAAUCCUUAUAUAUUAUCAUCCAAUCAUAUACAUGGUUUUAUUCCGUCAUCAUCGUAUCAAUUAAAUAGAAAAAAUGUUGAUCUAUUGCAUAGUACAACAGCAAAUUUGUCACCAUCAUUGACUGAUAUUGCAUUUUCGACAAUAAUAAGAUCUAAGAAAAAAUCAUUAGUACAUCCGAAUAAUGAACAAAGAGAUCAGUCAUUAUCGAAUAAGAAAAAGAAACGAUAUUGUUCUCCAUCUAUUCUUGCACUAGCUUGUAUUUUAUCAGCUUUUCUUAUUGGAGGUAUUAUCGCAGCCAUUAUAAUUCCAAUUACUAUGAAUAAAAUUUCAACAACUACUAGCUUAGCUCCUGUGUGUAAUACAAGUAGUUAUACAACAUGUUCGACAGUUCUAUUUCAUAACAUAAGUAUCUUGGUUCCACCAUUAGAAUGGAUACUUGUCUCAUGUUGUUAUGCGGCACCAACAGUAAAUCAAUCUACAAUUGAAAUAGCUGUUCAAGAUGAUAGUGGUGGACAUUGGGGUUUAGACAAUGUAAGUGCAAUACAAGGUAAUGGAGAACUUAUUUCAAAUGGUGGUUUUGAAAACAAUUUGAUAAAUUGGACAUUGACUGUUUAUUCUAAUGCUACAUCAACAACAACAGUUGUUUUUUCGUCAGGAAAUGAAUUUUCAGGUAGUGCAUAUCUAUUUGGAUCAUCAAUGAAUGCACCUGCUUAUGUCAAACAAACAUUUUCUAUUAUUCCAGGACAAAGUAUUCUUAUUAGUUUCUGGUGGAAAUAUUAUCCUUUACUUGGUGGAGGAUUUGGAACAAGUGAACUGAUUGUAACUCUUACAUAA